UCUGCUUCAAUCCAUGACACGUCAGACAUUUUCAUAUAUAUAAGUAUCACACAUAGUACCAGCAGUCGACACAACAGGUGCUAACAGUCGAAAUGCGUGCUCUGAUUAUUUUAGCCCUCAGCCUGGCAGUGGCUACGGCCGAUAGGAUUAUUGGGGGAUCCACGACAACGAUCGAUCGAUACCCAUAUGGGUCCGCUUUGCUUGUUUCACCCUCAGGCACUGGAUCGUUCUGGCAGGGUUGCGGUGCUUCUAUUUUGAAUAACAGAGCUUUGCUCACUGCUGCCCACUGUUUCGACCGACAACCUUCAACUGGCCAAUGGCGUGCACGCGUUGGUUCCACUAAUGCCAACAGCGGCGGUGUUGUCUACACCACUAACAGAAUUAUCAGGCACCCCAGCUACAAUAGCAGGACUUUUGAUAAUGAUAUUUGCGUCCUAAGAAUUAACGGCGCGUUUUCUUUUAACAACAACGUUCGUGCAUCGCGCAUCGCUGGCGCCAACUACAAUCUUGCCGACAAUCAGGUGGUGUGGGCCAUCGGAUGGGGACAUACUAGUGUCGGUGGCCGACCUUCUGAACAGCUCCGCCACGUCCAAAUUUGGACCGUAAACCAGAACACAUGCAGAUCCCGUUACGCAGAGGUCGGCCGCACAAUUACUGCUAAUAUGUUGUGCUCGGGCUGGCUCGAUGUCGGCGGUCGCGACCAGUGCCAGGGUGACUCUGGUGGUCCUCUGAUCCAUAACAAUGUCGUUGUUGGCGUGUGCUCUUUUGGUGAGCGAUGUGCUUUGGCUCGUUACCCUGGAGUCAAUGCUCGUGUAUCUCGCUACACGUCCUGGAUUCAAAGCAAUUCGUAAUUCU